AUGGGCGCGUCGCACAGCGCCGAAGCGGCGAUCAUCGACGGUAAGACGAUCGCGUCGACGAUUCGCGCGGAGAUCAAGGGCGAAGUCGACGCGCUGCGCGCGAAGCACGGUAAAGUUCCGGGACUCGCGGUGGUCAUCGUGGGCGAUCGCAAGGACUCGCAGACGUACGUCCGCAUGAAGCGCAAGGCGUGCGAAGAGGCGGGCAUCGAGAGCUUUCACGCCGAACUCCCGGCGAGCGCGAGCGAGGCGGAGGUGCUGGCGACGGUGCGGAAGUUUAACGCGGACGCGCGCGUGCACGGGAUACUGGUGCAGCUGCCGCUGCCGAAAGGGAUGAACGAGGAGCGCGUCCUGGCGGAGAUAUCGCUCGAGAAAGACGUCGACGGGUUUCAUCCGGAGAAUAUCGGGAAGCUGGCGAUGAAGGGACACGAACCGCUGUUUGCGCCGUGCACGCCGAAGGGGUGCGUGGAGCUGCUGAAGCGAAACGGGACGGUGUUAUCCGGAAAGAACGCCGUCGUCGUCGGACGAUCAAACAUCGUCGGCAUGCCGGCGGCGAUGCUUUUGAUGAAGGAAGAUUGUACCGUAACCGUGGUGCACUCUAAGACGCGGGAUCCGAAGAGAAUCUGCCGCGAAGCCGACGUCAUCGUCGCGGCGUGCGGGAGCGCGGAGAUGGUGAAGAAGGAUUGGGUGAAGAAGGGCGCCGUCAUCAUCGACGUCGGUACGAACAGCGUGGACGAUAAGACCAAAAAGGCUGGCUAUCGCUUGGUCGGCGACGUCGACUUUGCCGAGGUUAAGAAGGUGGCGAGCGCCAUCACGCCCGUGCCGGGCGGCGUCGGUCCCAUGACCAUCGCGAUGCUUCUCUCCAACUGCCUGGAUUCUGGCAAGCGAGCCAUCGCCAAGGCGUAAUCUCAUCUUUCGCUCGUCCAUGGGUCCUCUAUUUUUAAUACGUAUCGUCGUUGAAUUCAUUCUUCACUCUCGUUCGUCCCCGCGUCCCGAAGUUCAAACGCCGACCAGCUGUCGCCAGUCAUCGCCGCGCCCUUCGCCAUGCGGGGCGCGCCCCCGCCCCUGUACCCGUGGCAGGCCGAAGCGAUAAACCUCGUCGCCGCGUCGCGUCGCUCGCUGUGCUACACGGCGCCCACGGGCGGCGGUAAAAGUCGCGUCGCCGAUGAGUUGUUACGACUGUCCCUGACAAACUUUCCCGCGGCGAAAGCGCUCGUCGUGCUGCCGUACGUCGCGCUCGUGCGGGAAAAAGUGGCGUCGUUGGAGUCGUUGUUACGCCCGCUCGGGAUCAAGGUGAGGGGCUACGCCGGGGUGGAGUGCGAGGGGGCGCCGUUGGGGAGCUCGAGAGAGCGCUGCGCGGUGACGACGAUUGAAAAGGCGUCGUCGUGCGUCAAUAGACUGUUCGAAACGGGCGAGAUAUCGCUGCUCAGCGUCGUGGUGGUGGAUGAGCUGCACAUGGUCAGCGAAGACGAACGUGGGUGCGCGCUGGAGGGGAUGUUGGC